AUGAAGAUGGAUGCCGUGGGGGUUCUCACCAUGCCUUGGGGAAGCUACAAACGAAGAAGUAGCUUUCGGUCGGGGGACGCAGCAUGGAGGGAGAUCGAGCUUGGGUUCCAUGGAAACUCGAGGUUGAAGAAGGUGCUCGGGGUGGCCUUCUCUUCCAACUCCGUUGAACUUGACAGCGUGGAUGAGGUGCAACAUGACAGAGCAGCCGCUCGCUCUACAGAGGGGGGCAACGCGAGCAGAGGAGGAGAGGAGAGAGAUGGGGGAGGAGGAGAGGACGGCGCGGCGGAGCAGGCGCGGGAUCUGCAGGACGCGGCGGCGGCGCUGCUGACACGGGCGCGGGCGGAGGAGGAGGCGCUGCGCCGCCGCGCGGCCGCGGUCCAGGGGGAGCUCCGGCGGCUGUGCGAGGCCGCCGCAGCGCACGCCGACAGCGACAAGGUUGAGGAGGACUUGGAUCGAGCAACGUGCCUCAUUGCUGACGGCGAUGUUGCGGCGCUGCUCCCGAGCAAGACGCAAGGCGCUUUUCUGAAAAUGUUCUUGGGACCAGUAAAUCUGCGGGCAACAAGGAAGGAGGUGCAGCUCAAGGUGAAGGAGGAGUACAAUAGCUACAGGGACAGAACUGCCUUGCUGUUUCUUGGUUUUCCGGUGAUUCUGUUGUUUCUUCGAAAAUGGUUAUGGAAUGGAUGCUUUCCAGCAUUGCCAGUUCAGCUAUACCAGGCUUGGUUGUUAUUCCUGUAUACUAGUUUAGCUUUGCGUGAGAACAUACUGCGAGUUAAUGGAAGUGAUAUUCGUCCUUGGUGGAUACUUCAUCACUACUGUGCCAUGCUGAUGUCUCUUAUAAGUCUCACAUGGGAGAUAAAGGGGCAACCUAAUUGUGCACGCAAGCAGAGAGGCGUUGAACUUUUUCUGUGCUGGGCCAUAAUGCAAGGAUUUGUUAUGAUGUUGCAGAAUAGAUAUCAGCGUCAAAGAUUAUAUACUAGGAUUGCUUUGGGGAAGGCUAAAAGAAUGGAUGUUGUAUGGGGAGAGACUGCUGGCGUUGAAGGUCAAUUGUUGCUGUUGUGCCCUCUCCUUUUUCUCUUGCAGGGAUUUGAGGGUUAUGUCGGGGUUUUACUUCUUCGCACAGCUCAUAUUGGCGUCGUCCCUGAGUGGCAGGUUGUGGUCUGCGGGAUCCUGCUGAUUGCAAUGGCAAUUGGUAACUUUGCAAACACAGUAGACACCUUGAUGGCUAAGUCCCGGUUCAAAGCGAAGAUGAAGAAAUCAAAGGGCAAACGGGAUCUCGAUACAUGCCCCUCACCAACAGGUUCAUCGCCGGCAGAUUCAACAACCAAAGCAUGA